UUCAUGUUACAUCCGUUUUAAAGACGGAAUACUUGGGUCAGUGUACUGUGCAUGUUUAUAAAUUUGUGAAUUCCGAAUUCUUCAUUUUAAUCAGCAGUCACCGAUGCAAAUCACAGCCAAACUACUAGGCGGAAAAGACGAUGUGGCGACGUUUGAACUGAUGGAACAAGUUCAAGUGCAGCACUUGAAACGGAAAAUUUCGGAAGAGUUCAUUCUCCCAACAGGCUCUUUCAAAGUGCUGAAUGCUGGCAAGCCGCUUCAUGAUGACGAUCUGUUGUUACCUGCAGCUGGUGUAAGAGAUGGUGCCAAGUUGACAGUCGUGCUGAAUCCUAUAGAAUCGUCGGACCUGAGCCCGGAAGAGCAAGCGCAGCUAAAAGUUGUUCUGGGCGAAGCUGCAACACCUCUUAACAUGUUUCGUCUCAGCAAGUGUGUGCAAAAUUACGCGGAUUACAUGUCCCUCGAUGAUCUAGAACGUCUUGCCCGGAAGAGAAGAAGAUAAGUACUGCUUUACUUUUGCUGUUAAUUUGCUUCGGGUGCUAUACCUAGUGAUGUUCCACAAAUUCACUUUAGUGUCAGAUUUUGGAGAGCACGUUUCCUAGCUUAACAACCUGUACCUUUUGAUUUUCUGUAUACUAUCGUUGUUUUCCAUUUACAUUCCCCUGU